AUGCGCAGCCUGCUCUUCUGUUUUGCCCUCUGGAUCACGCUCGCCAUCCUCGGUAUCCAGGCCCAGCCGCUGAGGACCUAUUUUUUUUCCAUCCACAACCUCGGCAGCGCCCUGUACGAGCUCGAGCUGUACCAGGGCCAGCUGCUCGCCGAGAUGACCAAGGUAUCGAGCCUCGCCUGGCGGUACAGCCCUGCCAGCGGAUCCUACCAGCUUCAUACUGGCGUCAUCGUCGACUCAAACGAGGUCUGGCGUUUGGAUCGCGGCCUCCUAGAUCGCGUCGGAAUCUUGACCGGGAAGGCGCCGGGCGAUCACUUCGCUGUUGACGAGGCCCUCGACGACCUGUUGACGGCGAGAAACAGGGCACAGACCCUGAAGGAAUGGAUCAAGGUCAAGAUCCGCGAAGCAGACGACCGUGCAGAAAAGUACACCAAGGUCAACCGCGACAUCCACCUCGAUCGCUAUCUUAUGCGCGAUGGCCUACCUCCGAGCACAAGGGACAGGGCCAUGCUGUUCAAGUUCUCCCUUCGCGCCGUCUCGUCGAUGCGGUACACGCUCAAGGUCGCCUACAGGAGCGCCGAAUUUGCCCGGGCAAAGGUGCGCCAGAUGCUGCGACCUGAAGAUGCAGCCCCCUUCCUCUUCUGGAUGGGCGACUUUGGCUGGAUUCCCUUCCACACAGACGAUCGCGCGAUGGAUCUGCUCUUGCACGCCCUCGGCAGGCGCAGGUACAAGCUGUUGCUUCCAGAAGAGGCUCUCCUCGAUGCCAACGGCCAGAAACCAGCUCCGGCAUGGACGGACAGGGUCGGUCGAGUGCUGCUGAGCUUGGACUAG